UGUCCAACCAUGUGGCCAUUAAGGACGACCAUUAUGAUGAUGAUGAUGAUGGGUCACAAACUAAGAGUUUAACCGACUCUAGACUCCUCAUUUGAUUUGGAGAAGCUUUUUGAACAAACACAGACCUUUUUUCAACUUUACCUUUACUUCUCUUUUUUAUUUGUUAGUGGAAAAGCUUUAAAGAGUCCCAAUGGAUGGUCCCACACAGACAAAGACAGGUAUCUGAAAACCACUUCUUUUGUUUUUAAGCGUAAAGUAAAACAAAAGCACCAAAAAAUGAGUGAAAAUGUUAAAAUUGCUGUAACUUAAAGCCAAGGAGCCUGUCUUUAAAACGCCGACUCUGUCUGUAAUGUGGUGAAAGUUGAAAUAUAUGUGUUAAAAAAGUGUAAACACCUCACAGGUUUUAACUCUUUCUUGAAAAAAGAUUUCAUCGAAGUGUUUUUAAAGUCUUCCUCAAAGUGUUCAAUUGGAGAAAUGAUGCCUAAAAUUGUCAAUUGUGUGUUAAAAACCGUGUGAAACCGUGUGUGAAUUCCGUCACUUAAUGGUGGAAAUCGGCUUUUUUAACCGUUUUCUCUCCUUGAUAACCCGCAAUGGAUAGUAGCAGUGUUAGAAAGCAUAGUGGGUGUCAAUAUAAAGUGACGGCCAUAUUUGCCGGUGCCGCUGUUGUAAACAAAAAGUGAGAGACAGACGCUUCACUGAAUUUCGGGUCAUUUUUAUUUCUUUAAUUUACAAUGUCUUUGGGAAUGUCUUAUAAACCCAAUGUCCAUCAGCACAUUCCGGGAACUUCAGGGAACCAGGGUAAGGAGAAAAACCGGGGGGAAAUCAAAGUAUGCGUCCGUUAAAUCGAGUGUUAAAUUCGGGGUCUCGGAGAAUACCUGGAGAAAGACCGUGUCUGUAGUUUUUGUCCAGUUAUAUAUAUAGGGUCAGAUCCUGGGAGCUAGGCUAAUUCAUAUCCGCCAUUAUUACUAAUGUAAAAGAGCGCCAUCCGUGAUAUCAGGCGGCCGAGAAACACGGUUAGGAUGAGAAACGAGACGGCGACGGUUCCUAAAAUGUGGUUCUCCGUCGUCCCGGGUCCUGGUCCCGCUGGGUGGGAGCCGUUACACGGUGACAAAAAUGUAUCACUUGUGUCUUCUUGAGCCAGCUUGUUCCGUUUCCUCCAUGAUGCUCCUCGGUCGGAGCUGCUGAUUGAUCUGCCUCUGAAUUUUUUUAUGACUCUUCGAGGACAUCUCGCGACCGAGGGUGAAAAUUACAGCCGAACAAAGCGGCAGGGGAGCGGCGAGGGUGGAGGACCGAGCCCCGCCAAACCUCUGUCAUUUUUACCGAGAUUUAAGGAGUUUCUUUGUGAACCCUAGCCUAAAGGAAAAGUUUGAGGUCGACGCUUGUAUGUUGUUUUUUAUUUUUUAUAGAAAGUGAAGGUAUAUAGAAACAAAAUGUACCUCUAGUUGGUGAGUGAGAGGAAACAGUGGAGGACAAAAACCUACAAAAUAUGGAAGUAAAUCUGUGCCAUCUGACUUUGAAUUUCUUAAGCUGAAUUUUUUUUUGUUUUGCAUCAAAAUCAGACUUUGAAUUUCAAAACCAUCAAAUUUCAAGCACUUUAUGUUGGAAUUUUUACACAGAUAUUUUAGUGUAAUUUUUACUAAAUAAAUUAUUUUCGAGAGACCUAUUUUUUACACUGAAUUUAUUUCAUCAUUGGGAAAAAAAAUGCGUGCUUGAAAUUUAAUGGUUUUGACAUUCAAAGUCUGAUUUUGAUGCAAAAAAAAAAUUUCAGCUUUAGAAAUUCAAAUUCAGAAUCAGAUGGCACGGAUUAACUUCCAUAACAAAACCUCUAUUAUUUUGAAUUUUGAGCAUUUAUCAGGGAUUGAUUCAAUUUUUUUUUUUUUUUGGCUUUUUAUAGAAAGUAAAGCUAUAUAAAAACAAAUAAUGCCUGUAGUUGGUGAGUGGGACAAAACAGUGGAGGGCAAAAACCUACAAAAUAUAGAAGUAAAUCUUUGCCAUCUGAUUUUGAAUUUGAAUUUCUAAAGCUGAUUUUUUUUUUUUUUGCAUCAAAAUCAGACUUUGAAUUUUAAAACCGUCAAAUUUCAAGCAUGCAUUUUUAUUUCUGACACUAAUUUUUUUUUCACAAUGAUGGAAUAAUUUCAGUGUAAAAAAAAAAAUUCUCUCAAAAUAUUAGUUUAGUGACAACUAGACUUAAAAAAAUUCUACAUAAAAAAUUAAGUGUAAAAAAAUUUAGUUUCAAAAAAUUUAUUUCAUCAUUAUGAAAAAAUAAGUGUCAGAAAUAAAAAUGCGUGCUUGAAAUUCGAUGGUUUUGAAAUUCAAGGUCAGAUUUUGACGCAAAAUAAAUUCAGCUUUAGAAAUUCAAGUUCAAAAUCAGAUGACACAGAUUUACUUCCAUAAUAAAACCUCUUUUAUUGACAAGAUAUCCUCAGCAUGAAUUUUGAGCAUUUAUCGAGGAUUUAUUCAAGCAAAAGUUUUUGUUUUUUAUGCCUUUUGUCCAACACAGAGGUCAAUCAAAGUGUUUUAAAUAGGCUGAGAAGGUUAAUUUCAUCAUCUGUUCUAUUUAUUAGUUGUUGUUUUUUUUUUUACGUGGGCAUAGAGUAACAUAAGUGCUUUUUAAACCAUACUACUUCUUCUAAUAGCAAAAUGCUGAUUUGCAAAAGGAAGCUUUUCUUAAUGUGUUAGAAAUGAAAAAAAACAACAACACAAUCAUGAAAGCAAGACUGAUAAUAUUGUGGCGACUGCUCUCCUUCAACAAAAAGGCAGCUGGGGUUUAGGUCUGCUUGCAUUUGUGACUUGUUUGAAUGAUCAGUCCGGUUUAAGUGUUAAAAAAUGAUUUAUUGUUCAAAAAUGAGAAGAAAACACGCUGAUCCAGCUCAAAAACUUUGCCUUUGAAUGAAAAAGUGUUAAAAUGAAAUGAGGUUAAAACAGGUUGAAUAAAACGAUGAAAAACGGUCAACAGAAAAUUAUCAGAGCUUACCAUGGCCCAUUGUCUGACCACACCUGUGAGAUUUAAAUAACCCUCCAAACAUCCCAAAACCACACCCCUCAGUGACGAUCCCCAGACAUGACGUACUUAUUAGAAUCAAACUAAACAAAUGUAUUUUGGCUCUUAAAGAUAGAUGGUUAAAUGCAGUAAAAUGUGCUAAUUUAUGCCCCUGUUUUCAGUGUGAGAGCAGUGUUCAUGUGUGAUUCUUGCAGUCCUUUUAAAUUCGACUGACACCUGCUUGUGUUUUCUCAUCAGUUGGAAACCUCCAGUCUCCCUCAGCAGCUAACCUGGCCACAUUGCAGUCCUACAGGCCUCUCCUGAGUGAUUACGGGCCUCCAUCUCUGGGAUUCACACAGGUAACUACAACUCUCACCAUUACUUACUUAUUCAAUUAAACGCAGAGUGUCAGAAAGAAGAAGCAGGCUUAAACAUUGAUCCUGUGUGAUUUUACAUCACUGUGAUUUUCUUUCCUUGUUGGUUUUUGUCAGGAUUUAUGUUUCCUCUCUGCUUCUUUCAAAUACGAAGGCUGUUUUGGUUGAUAUAAAGAAAGUUCUGACAGUAUUUUGAGUGCAAAGACAGGCUAAUCUCACAACACAGCUGGAGGACAGAUUCACAGACAGAAGAAGCGAUGGGAUGGUUGUUGUGGGUGACUGUGGAUUCAACAGUUAUUACGUUGAAACCUAUAAAUAGAAACUUUGAGCUUACUGUGCCUUUUUCAGGACUCCAGCUUGUCCUCUUUUGAAAACAGGUGGAUUAUUUUGACUUCUCUAACAGAUAUGAGACUGAGGCUGUAGAGAGAAAAAGCACCAAGCAGCUUUAUCAGCUGCUUAAGAGCUGAUCACUGUUGAUGGACAUUGGCCCAUCAGCAAAUAAUGUAUCACGCUGUCCUUACUUGUUUGGAUCUUAUUGCUUCAUAGUAUUAAUUUGACGCAGGUGAGCUAGUUUAUCUAAAUACUGAUUCAGAGGUUAGGUUUUUAUGUAGCAGAAGACAUCACCUGUUCGACAAACUGAUUUUAAAAAUCAUCAAGAUGAGGCCGAACGUUUGUAAGACAAAUCCCCGUGUUAUUUGCAAAGUGCUUAUGUGAGUCUUAGAGUUAGGACUCUGUGUGAAAUGUCAUGUAUUAAUUGAAGUUUUCUCUUUUUCCUCUCACAUUUUUUUUUACAUGGUGCUCCGUUUUCUCCGACUUCAGGGCUCUUCUGGCAGCCAAGUGCCUCAGAACAAAUAUGCAGAGCUGCUGGCUAUCAUCGAAGAGCUCGGCAAGGAGAUCAGGCCCACAUACGCUGGAAGCAAGAGUGCAAUGGAGAGACUGAAAAGAGGUAAGAGAGAGCCUUAAUGUGCAGAAAAAUUUCCAUAAAAAUAUCAUCUCAAAUUGAGCCGUGUGGUUCUGUUUGUUAAGCUAAUUUUUUGUGUCUUCAAAGGAAUAAUCCACGCCAGAGGGCUGGUGCGCGAGUGCCUGGCUGAGACGGAGAGAAACGCACGGUCCUAGCUAACAAACACAUUCCUCCCCCCCGCAAGAAGAACUAACAGCGUGUGUCCCGUGAAAAAAAGAAACUUGCAUGGCAUUUCCUUUUAAAAAGAGGAAGUAAAAAUGAAGAAAGGUUGGAAAAGAAAGCUCCUAGAGUGAAAAAAUGUCACAAUAACAAUUCAUGACUCCUGAGGGAUCAUUCAAAUCAUGUGUGGGUUAUUGGGAAUCAAACCAGAGGAUGAUCAUGUGUUUUUACGCCCCAUUUUUGGGAUCUUAAGUUCUGACUUCAUAUUUAAAAUGUUGAUUUGUGCAUGCGAACGGGCCUGUGGGUUAAAUGUAGACAGUGCAUGGCUUGUACAGGGGUAGACGGAGAAGACCUCUUCUUCUUUUUGAUAGUAUUUGGUCUGAUUUUCAGACCCGUAUAACACACGUGACUGAGUGAGUGAGGGACAGAGAUGUGCCAAAUGCAUCGGUUCAUUCGUGGUGAGGUUGGUUUUGGUAUUAAAAAGAGGAAAAUGCUGUUACUUGCAUCUUUGUAUGUAUUUAUUACUCAGUGUAAUAAAUUGUAUUUUCAAUACAGUU